CAAAGUGUAGGAAGUCACGACCCCUCAGGAUUAUUUUGAGAUCUGUCGAGUCCAAUCCCAGCUGCCCCCGAACCCUGACAGCCGCUGGAGACUCUCUGAACUCCUCUGUUCACUCGCUCUCAGUACUCCUGCUGAAUUGAAUCAAAAUGGAGACCUGCAUUCAGCCUGCAAAUAGUGACAGCAAAACCGAUGUCACUCAUGACCUGACUGAAGAUCUCAGCCAACAGCUGGAGGACAUCAUCAGCAGUUAUCAGGUGACUGAGGAGCCCGCUGGACCUGAGGAUGUUGAAGAAGAGGCUGUCAUAGAUGAGAAGGUGGCAGGCAAGCGUAAAGAUCAGAAGCUGGAAAAGAAGAUGCUUAAAGCUCUUGGUAAGGAAGCCACACUUCUUAUGCAAAGCCUCAAUAAACUUGGCACCCCUGAGCAGAAACUGGAGGCUCUCAUCAAAAAACAUGCUGAACUGCUAGAGGAGCAUCGUUCUGAUGAGAAACAGUUGAAGGUUCUGCAAAAGAAGUUUCUCCAGGUGUUGAAGGAGAAAGAUCAGCUUCAGAGCGAGCACAGCAGAGCCGUACUGGCCCGCAGUAAACUGGAGGGUUUGUGCAGAGAACUUCAGAGACACAACAAGACGUUAAAGGAGGAAACCCUACAGAGAUGCCGUGAAGAUGAUCUCAAGAGAAAAGAAAUCACCACACAUUUCCAGAGCACCCUUACAGACAUCCAGGCUCAGAUCGAGGAGCACAGCAACCGGAACAACAAACUGUGUCAGGAAAACGGUGCCCUUGCUGAAAAACUCAAAGAUCUUAUUUCCAAAUAUGAUCAGCGGGAAGCGAAUCUCGAAAAGGUUUUCAAGCAUAGAGACCUGCAGCAGAAAUUACUGGAGACAAAACUCGCACAGGCCAACAUGAUGCUGAAAGACGCUCAGGAGAAACACAAGCUAGAGAAGGAACACUUACUGAAGCAAGCUGCAGAAGCAAAACUUCAUGUUAAACUUUAUAAAGAACAAGAGACUGACAUGAAGGCCCAGCUUGCUGUAUAUUCGGAGAAGUUCGAUGAAUUCCAAGGAACGGUAUCGAAGAGUAAUAAUGUGUAUGCCAGCUUCAAACAGGACAUGGAUAAGAUGGCAAAAAAGAUGAAGAAGUUGGAAAAAGAGGCAAUGACCUGGAAGUCCCGAUUUGAUGGCUGUAAUAAAUCUCUUAUUGAUAUGGUUACAGACAAAACCCUCAAAGAAAAGGAAUUUGAACUCUGCACAGUGAAGAUUCAGAAACUGGAGAAGCUCUGUAGAGCCCUCCAGGAUGAGAGAAAAACCCUGUAUGAGAAGCUUCAAGUGUCCCAGCAAGAUACGGCUGACACGGCGGUCACCACUGAAGCCGCAGGAGAAGUUACAGUAACCAAUGAGGAAGUGGUACCAUCAACAGAAGAGGUCACCCAAAAAUCAGAUGCCCCCAUCCAACCGGCCCCUGCACAAGUGACUCCACUGAGCAAAGAGCUCGCCAGUUUGAAGGUCGAGAAAGCUCUGCUACAAGAGCUGGCUGAAUCUUUCACCAUUCGUCGUCACUUGCCACCCGAAGCUUAUGAGGAUUCAAACAGCUGUGAGUUAUCUGAAAGCACAGAUGUGAUUCAGGACGAGCAACAGGCUUCAGGAGCCGACGCUGAGAUCCAGCAGAACUUUACACAGGAGACAGACACACUGUCUGAGGAACACCAAGAGAUCAGAGACAAAGAAAUGCAGUCUGUCGACUAGAUCAGAUCUGACUAUUUGUCACAUUCGUAAAUAAAGUUCAUACAGCCCAACUCUAUAAAUGCCUUUAUAGUGAGCAGUCUUUUCUUAUGUAGUCUAAUGUUUGACUGGAUUAAAAUGAAUCCCACAGA